AUGACUACUCCCCCGCCAGACUAUACGCGUUUCGCCGACACCAAGCAGUGGAACAAGUUCGACACCAUCUUCGUGCCAGACGCGACCUUCACUUUCGUCGAUAUAGAUGGCAAAGUCAUCUCCACGCCGGACGGGGCGAUCCCUUACAAGUGGUACUCGCUCGAGUCGUGGGUGGCCUUUUUUGAGAAGGCGCUCGCCGACUUGCAGGUCAUCCAUCUCACUGGCCCCGGGGAGUUUGAGUUGGUCGGUCCGAACGAGGUAAAGGCGGUGUUUACGGUAGUGUACAACGAUGCACUAAAGGGGGGAGGGACUGGACCGCAUGAGACGGGCGGUGGUCACUACUAUGAGACGUGGGUGCGCCAGAGCGGUGAUUUGUUUUGUAAGGAUCUGUGCAUGCAAAGGACUUAUCAUCGUGUCAUUUAG